AUGGUCUUAUUUCACAAACCCGAGUUAUUUGAGCCAAGAUAUCUAGAUCCAAAGGCCCAUCGUAGAAAAUGCUGCACUUGCAUGUCUCUUCGAGGCGGCUGUGCAGUUGCUUGUGCUAUUUGGCUUGGCGUGAAUGUAUAUAUUGCAACGCUAUCUUUUCAAGGCUAUACCCCUAUAUUUUCAUUCUUGAAUAGACCUGCAUUAAUCACGCUUGCAUCAGUAUCUAUUGUGUUUGCGUUGGUGGCACUCUGGAUCUUGUAUGGCUUAUUUGUGAACUUGCCCAACCCGCUUCAGUCAGGCGUGAUAUUUCUAUUCUUUAUAGUGCCUGUCUACCUGCUGGACAUCCUAGCAAACAUAUUUAUUUUUGGUAUCCAAAAGUCAUUGUAUAUGGAUUGGUGUUUACAAAGCUCGCAAAGCCGAGUAGAUGAAACGAUACAAGGUCUCAAUAUGAACAAUACGUUGUACGCUAUAGAGACAUUGCCGCCUACCAACAUUUACAAUUGUCAAAAGUUAUGGGAGGACGAGAUCAAAUUCUCUCUCGCCAUCUUUAUCCUCAUGACAGUGUGCUAUGUCUACUGGUCUCUUUGUGUGUUCUACUACUAUGAAAAACUUCGAGAGCUCUUCCCUGACAAUUCCACGUAUCUUGGCGGAUUUAUGAACUACUUGUAUCCUAGAAUACCUCCAGCAUUACCCCAUCAUGCCUUUGCCAAUAUUGCUCCAUCUUCAUCCAAAUAA